AUGGAAGAAUACUGCUUUUCAUGUCCAAAUAUCUUUAAAUGGGCAGUUCGCUCUUCGUGGUUUGUCAACGGGUCUCGAUCUCAGUAUGUAACAUAUACAGCUCCAAACCAUAUGAGUAUAGUGACUGGUUUGCGUGAAGAAAGUCAUGGGAUAAUCUCCAAUUAUUUCUGGGACACGGCCACAGGGAAUUUUGACUACUUCAACAGCACACGCCAACAAGGCGUUGUUAAUGCAUCGUUAGAUUCUUCGUGGUAUUUAGGGGAACCUAUAUGGUUGACUAACGAGAAGGCUGACAUCACGCGUCGUUCCGCUUCAUUUUAUUGGCCAAAUGGAGAAGCAUCAUUUCCAAGUCCACCUCACAAGCCAUAUAUGUACAAACAGUGGACUGGUUUUGGGAAUCUCAGCACAUGGAUGAGUGACGUUGACAACAUCAUCGAAAUGUUCAAUAGUCGGGAAAACCCUGUCAACUUCGUUUCAUGGUACAUCGCUGAACCGGACCAUACUUUACAUGGGAACGGUUUCUAUAAUGGCGAACUACGCAAAGUUGUUAGUAAAUUAGAUAAGCUUUUCGGCUACUUUAUCGCGAAACUACGUGAUUCUGGACUGGAAGACCAUGUGAAUGUUAUACUAACGGCAGAUCAUGGACAUGCGGAGGUAAUUGUUGGACCUUGAUU